AUGCAAAAGUACUCUGAAUUUUGUGAAUUUCGGCCAAAAAACCCCUUGAUGUCAAUCGGGGUCGGGCUGAACUUUUUAUUGCAAAAGCACAAUAAUGUCUAGAUUCAGAAUCAGCAAUAAAAUCAUGGCUAUGUAGUGUUAAAAUUUUUCAGGACGAGCAGAAAACUGAAAAAAUUUCUGAACAAUGUCACAAAUUAAUUUUUUCUCCAUAAAGGAGGGGUGCCAAAUUUUUGGUCCCAACGUGAAAUAUACUCAAAAAGAUGCGAGGAAUCCAAUGGCAUUGAGUCUGAGACGCUAGAAUUUUUUUGAAAUUAGUUACAGGUUUGACCUAUUUUGUGACCGUGAUCGGACUAGGGACUACAGAGCCGGACCAAAACUUGUCUGAUGUAUCACUGUUAUGUAAGUACUCAUUGGGUAUAAUAUGGGACAAAUUGAAGCACUCUGAAUUUUUAAUGACCUGCAGUUUUUGAACUUCUCAGACAUUGCCUCUUAUCACUCUGUGAGGCUUACAGAUCAGAAUUUGGCUGUUCGCCGUUUGUUCUACAUAGUAUCUAAAAAUUAUUUAUUUUCCUUUCCGCUCAACUCUGCUUCCUGUGCGAUCCCAUAGUCUUAUCGUAGUUCUAAUGCCACGCUCCAUUGAUUUUGACUCAUUUGAAAACUUUGCAGCAGCACACACGGACCCAGCCUUGCUUAAAUUGAAUACUACAUAAAAAAUGUGGCAGUCUCUAAAGAUUAUUCUAAUUCAAAUUAUUGGUAUUUCAUCAUUUAUCAAUUCAACCCGUAAUUAGAACGUAUUGUCGUCACAUCGGUAGUUGUGUGUGUGAACACGGUCACGUCCGUUGGUACUGUUUGAAGAAAAGGGGGGUCGCGAAUCGAUUCACUCCCUCUCCCCUCCUCUCCUCGGCUGCCACCAGGCGGCCCCUCUUUUCCUUAUUUUCUUUCUUUUUUUUUUGUUUUCCCACGAUUCCCACCUGGAGAUCCCCCUAUUCUACUAUUUUCUUUAAUUUCUAAAUUAUACCACUCAAUACCGUGAGUUAUGCCUUCUUUCCAUCGCAAUCAUCACUUUCAUCCAAUUCUCACAAAAAACGACGAUGAAUGCAUGCUUAGAGAUAAGAAAAAUUUAAUAAUUCUGAAAUUGAUAUGUUUGAAGAUAGACAACAUUUAUGAGAGUCAAAUUCUACUCGGUUUCGUCAAAUCUACCUUCCUUUCAGAAGGAAAAUAAUAAAUAAUAAAUACUUAGUCAAAUCAUUCCAAAUAAUAUUUCAGGAAAAAAAAUUCAAAAAUCGUAAAAAGGAGCGAUGGAAAUCGAGAAGCAGCAACUUCUCACCCAGCUUUCUCGACUGUAACGUAAGUGGUGGAAGUUUAUUUCGUUCACUCAACAGGAACACUUUCAGAUCAGUCGAACUAUCUCGAGAGCAUCCGGAGAGGGUAGGAAAUAUGCAGGCUCUACCAAAAUCCGAACGCAGGUAACUUUUUUCCCAUCACAAACUGCACAAUUCCAUCUUCAUUUUCAGUCAAAAAUUGCCUGUUCAACCCGUCAAAACGUGCUCCGUUGCCGCAAGAAGUCUGUGCACUUCCGAGAAGCUUCAGCAUCUUCACGUUUGUUGGAGGUCGCGGAAGGUACAACGAGAGAGAUCUCACAAUAUGGGAUCCUUUGAUCAGGCAGUGGUCCGAAGAAGUGAACCAGGAACGUGAGUUCCAGAAGAGACAAGGGUGGAUCAAAAUGAAGGCAUCACAGAGGGUAGGUUAAGAUAGUACCUGAUUUUGGAGCUUAUGAUUAUACUUACAGCGUGGUACGAACAGAAGAGGACAGUACGAUCUCGACAAUUAAAUUCAUAAUUUCCUUUAUGCUUUUUCCAAAGUUAUAAUAAAAAAGUGGUUUUAGAUGGUUCUAAUGUCGGUUACAUAGUAUUACAUGGUUUUUAACCAUGCUCAUAUCUCUUCUUCUUGUAUACUUUUUUGUUCAACUCACUAACAGACAAUCAUCAAUUCUCCAAUGUCACCGAGGGAAGUAUAUAUAUAUAUUAGUAUAAGGAUUUUUGCUGAGGACGAAGAAAUGGAGGAAGAAUGCGCUGGAUGUCUUGUUAAGGACGAGAGGAUCGCCAGACAGGAGGUCGAGGUAAAUCAGCUCACAAUGAGAUUGAGCCAACGAGAGUUUCGGCCUGUUUUUCUUACAGACACUCGAAAACGGGUGGGAAUUAGGACAAAGACUUUUUAACUGCACGACCAUAGCCAAAGAAACCUAGGCACGAAUUCUGUUUGGCGCGUCUUAUCGAAUUUCCAUUUUCCUCGCUCGUUACUCACAAGGGGUGAUAGCAUUGGACUACUUCCAGACUUCUGUGUGUCGGAGCGAAAAAUGGGUUCAAAUUCUACUGAACCGAGUCUCUAUUGCACAAAGAUGCAAUCGACGAGACAGAAAAUGAAGGUGAUUCUAACUCAUCCAUUAUUAUUGAUUUCUAGAUUCCGUUUCAGCAUCGAACAUCAAAGAUCGUUGAACGACUUCUCUCCAUGAAAAUGGUUGUUGUGAUUUCGAGUGCUGACCGGAAUACGAUGAUAAUUGUUGAGCGCUCCACACAAAAGGUCAUGAUUACCCACCGAUUCGCAGAGCCCGUGCAAGCCGUUCGAGGCAGCGCGAAGGCUUUGGCGGUGUGUCUCCCCCAUUCCAUUUUCACAUACGAACUGCCAACAAUGAAAACUUUGCAACACAUACAGGAUGUUUCAAAAAAUGCGUUUGAAGUGGUGGAUCUGACAGUGAGACAAACCUAUGCUAUUCUCUCGUAUCCAACAACGGAAGAUUCUGGCCUGGUGAACAUCACUGACUGUUGUUUUUAUCAACUGUUUAUUUUCCAGCUCACACUGAACAAUUCGACAAUAGUUGGACAGUUCCUGUCACACAAACUUUCUGUAAUAGUCACGUAUUCUGUAAAAUAG